GUAUCGUUCAACACCUGAGAUUCUCAGGUUUCAUCCUAUACACCCUUUGAUUUUUCCUGAACAGUCCCUUUAAAGUUGUAAAAGUUAUACUAAAGAACAUUAUCAAAGUUAAACCCCAUUUUUUUAAAGACCAUCAUUUUUUUCAAACCUGAUAGAACAAGGGUCAGUUUAAUGUCAAACCCAGUUUAUAAAUGACAAAAAAGUUAUUAAUCAUACUUAAUCAUAUUUCUCAUUAAGUGUAUAAAUUAAUGGUUAUGUAUUUGAGGAGUCCGAGUACGUAUAUACUUCCCAAAAUACAAAACAUAUAAACAAAGAAAAAUAUGAUAUUUUCUUUUUUUAAUUAAAAAAAUAACUUUUUUGAAUUAAGUAAAAAAUCCAAAUUAUUCUGGUUUUUUUGGGUAAUUUUACCACUUGAAUGAAAACACUCGAACAGAAUGGUGACCAACCUUUUCUAUUUUUUAGUGUUUGUUUGUGUUGCUUAUGGAUAUAAGUUUUCUUCAUUUAAACGAAUAAACAAUAUGACGCUUUCUCAUUGGGCAUCCAAUCAGAUCAGUAUAGCUCAGUCAAAUAUUCACUGUGCUUCACAUUGCCUUCUUCUAGGAGAUCAAGGAACACCAUGCAACUCUUUUAAAUUCUCUGAGGAUGGUUCAUGUGAGACCGGAAAUAUUAGCCGAAUAAUUGAUGUUCCGGCCGGAAAUAUCUCCCUCGAAAUAUUUGUAGCUGAUAGAGUGCUCUCCACCCUGCCACGCCUCUGCAUGGGCGGGGAAGGAUGCUGUCAGGGAGAAUGUGAGCUAGGGGAUGGAGAUUGCAACCAAGAUCAGGAUUGUAAAGCGCCUUUUAUUUGUGGAUCCAACAACUGCUGGACUGAGUUUAAAAAAGGAAAUGGUAGUUGGGAUGAAGAAGAUGAUUGCUGUACCAAGAAAUGUGGACCUGGUCGACUAUGUGGACACGGUGAAGGUGUUUGUUUAACAAUGUUUGAUUGUAAGCUGCCAGGAUACCAUCUGUGUUCCCUCAGCUCUUGUCAGAAUUCUACAAUAUUUAGUGAGUUGGAGCGUCUGGAGCAUACGUCUCUAAGUCUUAUAGGACAAAGACAAUGCUGUCAUAGAGCGUGUGGAAAUAAUUACAAGUGUGGAAAUAAUACAAUUGGUUGUGCCUCGAACCUUGACUGUUUGCCUGGUCAUGAAUGUAUUAUUAAAGAAGAUGGAUUUCAUUUCUGUAGAGAUAUCAACGAAUGCACGGAUCCAAGACAUUCUUCGAUAUCCCUGAGCUACUGCGGAGCUAACACUUUCUGUAAUGACACUCUUGGAAAUUAUACAUGUAGCUGUAAACCAGGCUAUAAUGGAUGGAUUCCAUAUUCAGGAUGUUCUGAUAUUGAUGAAUGUCUUGGGUAUGACCCUUGUCUGUAUUCCUACACAGAGUGCACAAAUACUGUAGGAAAUUAUACUUGCAGCUGUAAAACAGGUUUUGUUCCUAACGUCGGAGAACACAGAUUGCUCCAAUGUACGGACCUAGACGAAUGUGUCACGUAUCCAGGAAUAUGUGGAGAAAAUACUAUCUGCUCUGAUACUACAGGUUCCUACAGAUGUUCUUGUAAAUCAGGAUACUCAGGUCUUAUACCAGGAGUAGGGUGUGACUGUCCAACAGGUGUUGAUCCUGAGUUAAACGGAUGCGGAGAAUAUCUAAACGGAACCUCAGGAUAUUUCACCAGUCCUAAUUAUCCAAAUAACUUUCCGUCUUAUGUGGAAUGCUAUUGGGUAAUUCAGGUUGAAGAGGGUUAUCAUGUUCUCUUCAACUUUACAGAUAUCGUCACUGGGUCAUCAAGCAGCUAUGUCAGAAUCAGAUAUGGAAAAUGUAGUACGACGACUGAUUAUUUAGUCAGCAGUCUAUACAAGUAUAGUUACAGUAGUCCCACAUCAGCUGUAUUGGAGGCUAGGGACGGCGAAACGGUUAUGAACGUUGUUCUUCAAGCUUCGUAUACUACAAGCAGGGGGUUUAAUGUAACCUGGACUGCGGUGCAGGAUGGUAUUAUCUAAUUAUGAAGUAUUCUCUCAGCUAGAAGUUUGGCCUCGAUUAAAGUGAAAUGAUUGACGAGAGGCUUAAACUAGAAUUAUGACAAAUUUUGAAAAAAUCAAAUAAACAAUUUUUCGUUUUGUA